GUUGAACUUUUCCUCCUACCAGCACUUCAGUGGCACUUUCUUGAUUAGCUUUAGGCGCUCCAGUGUGUUCAUAUUGACACUCGGUGACGCGCAAUGGCUCCUUUUGGAAGAAACUUUCUAAAAGCGCGUUUGAAGAGCAGGUCUAAAGUUGCAGAAGAAACUCCAGGGAAAGAAAUCCAGGUGCUGGUAUGUCAGGAAGAAAAAGUAGUCUGUGGUGUGACCAAGCACACAACCUGUGCUGAUGUGGUUAAGGCUUUAUUGGAAGACCACAAGACUAUACCAGAGAGUAAGAGGCUCUUACAUGGAGAACCUAAAGACUUCUGCAUCCUGGAGAGGUGGAAGGGAUUUGAGAGGGCUUUGCCUCCUCUCACUCGAAUUCUCCGGCUAUGGAACGCUUGGGGUGAUGAGAGACCUUCCAUACAGUUCGUCCUGGUAAAGACCAGCGAAUUUGUGCCAUCAUCCAAGGGAACCAAGAGGACAUCAAAGUCUCGGGGAGCGAGAUCUAAGAGAUGGGACCAAGGACCUUCACAGUAUGCCAAGACCGUAUCUGCAGAGAAGCAAAAGCGCAUGGUGAAGAAGGCCUUUCGCAAACUGGAGAAGAUCCAGAAAGGAGAGAUAUCAGAAGGCUCUGAAGAGAUCAGCAAGUUGGUGCAGUUGAUCAUCUCCCAGGACCAGACCAUCCGGCAACAGAUUCAUGAGAUGCGCAAGCUAGAUCUGGAGAUUGAAUGUGUGGAGCAACAGCUGAGGAACAGUCCCACACCUUGCUCCAGCCUCACAGAGAGUGCAGACGGUGAGACGCUGACCCUGUCCAUGUCCCAAUUUGACGACCAGCUGCAGGAGUACCUCUACACCAGUGAUGGAAUACAGCAACUAAAAUUACAUUUGUGCAGACACCAAGAACUCAUUGACCAUCUUUCUCGAGACAUUGAAUUGGAGCUGAGGAGCAGUGCUUGGAUCUCUGAUUCAGAUGAAUUGAAAGGAGCAGCAGCUGCUAGUCCAGAACUGGAGCUGGAAUCAGGCCUCUCCUUGUCCUCCUCAGAUCUUUUAGAGCUGGAAAGCUUACGCAAUGAACUUGAGUCUAGCAUGCGAGCAGGGAUCUCGCUCCAUUCCCAAACCCAUGAAAUCGAGAAGGAAAUACAGUGGAACAAAACAGCCCUGCAAUCGCAGGACCAAGAAUACCAGCAUCUUGUUGCCCAACUCAGUGCACUGGAACUGGGGGUCUGUCCAGACCAGUCUAGCCCUGUAUCUUUGAAGAGCCAGAUCAGGGCUACUGUCUCUCAGAAAACAGUCAGCAAGGUGAGAAAGACAUGCUCCCCUACAGAUGCAACAGACACUGAUUCAGACACUGGAAUAAGCUCUACUCACAGUCAGGACUCACUGUCCACCUGCGUGGACAGGUCACCUUCUCUUGACACUGAUGUUUAAACAAGCUGAAAAAACAACCAAACUGAACAAGUAUGCUUUAAUUCAUACUGCAUUUAAUGACUCCAACAAAAAAGCACAAUGCGUAACAACCAUUUAUUGUGCCGUUAGAGUUACAAUCAUAUUACAUAGUAAUAGUGCAGCUUUGGAAGCAUAUAUAAAAUUGACUGUUUAAGUGAAUUCAUGUUAUGUCUAUCGUCUUAUGAUUUUUAACCACAUUAUUAGAACUCAUAUGCACUUAAAGCCCAAAUUAAAUAUGUGAAAGACUCUCCACAGUUUGACAAAUUUACACAAUAAUAAUAAUAAUAAUAAUAAUCUUUUGGGUUCAACUAUAGAAAGAGACCUUCUAGUUUUGUUUGAAUUUCAAAAUUACUCUGAUGAUAUUUAUUAAGCCCAAAUGUUCCACAAUUUGAAAUCAACAUAGUGUCAUGACAACUCUUAAAAAAUUUGUACGAGAUGGCGAAAUCAUAAGAUAUCAUUAAAAGUAUCAAAUAAAAGGUACUACACUAACCAAUCAACAAACAGAAUUUCAAAUCUAUACAAUACUGGCAUUACAUUUUAGCUCCAAUCUAACGCUUGUUUCACAUCGCAAAUGUGAUUUCAAUGUAACUAUGUAAAGUAUUUCCUUUAUUAAUGACCAUAAUUUAUCUGGAGUGGGCCACUGAUAAGUAUUACAAACAUGAAAUAAUGAAAGUCAUGAAAUCUUAUUUCAUGGAUGCAAACUACUCAACUUUCAGCUAAAGUCACCUUUGUUUAAGCUAAUUUGUCCAAAUUGUUUGGUAAAAUGUUCUACAUUUUCCUUUUUAAAAUCACUUGAAAGUGUUACUUUAAGCUUAAACUUAGCUUGAUGUUCUUUGGUUUAAAUCACAUAAUUACAUGUUGAAAGUUGUAAUAUCCUGUAUUAAAAGGUACCCUUUUUAGUGGAGAUGGACAUGUUAUACAGGAACCAAUCUUUGUGUAAAUUAUUAGCUAAUUUUAAGUUUGUAAUCACAGAACAGAUUGUAGUUGCUCAAAAACAGUGUUGGGUAAGUUACAAAAAUGUAAAAAUUAUUUCUCAAAAAUGUUAAUCAGAUUACUUUACUAAUUAAUAAUUGCUUAAACACUUUAAAAGCUAGAAAUUGCUAUGCUCCUUACAAAUAUCAGCCAAAACUUUUAAGUGUUGAAUACUUUCUUCCUAAUAAUGAUGCACUUACAAAAAAAAAAAAAAAAAAAAAAGUUAAACAGCCGAAGCAACUGAAUCCCACACUUUUUCCUUUUUAAUUAAUCAUUUAAAAAGUAAGUUGAGUGGGGGCCUGGGUAGCUCAGCAAGCAAAGACACUCCAGGGCGUGCUGAGUGACUCCAGUCAGGCUUCCUAAGCAACCAAUUGGCCCGGUUGCUAGGGUGGGUAGAGUCACGUUGGGUUAACCUCCUCGUGGUCAUUAUAAUGUGGUUCUUACUCUCGGUGGGGCACGUGGUGAGUUGUGCGUGGAUGCCAUGGAGAAUAGGGUGAAGCCUCCACUCGUGCUAGGUCUCUGCAGUAACGCGCUCAACAAGCCACAUGAUAAGAUGUGCAGAUCGAUGUUCUCAGACGCGGAGGCAACUGAGAUUCGUCCUCCUCCACCCAGAUUGAGGCGAGUCACUAUGCCACCACAAGGACCUAGAGCGCACUGGGAAUUGUACAUGCCAAAUUGGGGAGAAAAAAAAAGAAAAAAAAGUACGUUGAGGGUCCUAUGGCACUGUGUUACUCCACAAUCAAUCUUGUGUCAUACAUCGUCAAAACAAGAGUGAGUUAAGUUCUAAAAUUGCUAACCAUACGGGCUGUCACAUGCAUUUGUUUACCUUUGGCAGCAUACUCGUCUGUGUAUAUGGGUAUUGCUGUUAAGCAAUUCAUAUUAAAUCAAAUUCUAUUUGUCCAUCAACAGUGUGCUGUCACUUUAAUUCAGAGUGAGCGCGCUGCAAAAAUAAACUUGGCGCUGGAACAAUCACUGCACUGCAGCUGCUGCAACGCUUGAACCUCGCUCUGACGCUCUGCUUCUUCUUCCGAUGUGAAUGUUCUAACCUGUUAACAAGAGCGGCAAAAAAAUACACACUACUUGUGAUGUGAAAAAGGCCUAACACUUUGUUUUAAGAAAGGAAACAUCUGUGAACAAAUUGUCACUCAUUCCAUAUUUAUGCAAUACAAAAGAUUGAUGUUUGUCAAUAACAUGUAACACGAUUCCCUUAUCUCAUUCCAAACUCAAUGUUUUCCAUGGUAUGUUAUUUUCCUAUUAAAAUCAUAGUUAGGUUUAGGUUUGAGUGUGGGUUUAAACUUAUGAAAAACCUAAAAACAUUGUUUGUUGGUUCAUUUAUUUUUUUCUAUGGCAGUAAAAGUUGUACAUUUUUGUACAAGCCCACAAGUACGAUUUCUUAAGAUUUCGCUAUCUCAUAUUAUUUGUUACAACUUAUCAUGAGACUGGGUUGUUUGAAAUACUUGUUUACAUACACUGUAAAAAGUUAUACUCAGUUAUAUCAAUAUGGCACUGUAAAAAAAAAAAAUUCUGUUAAAUUUACAUUAAAAAAAACAUCAUAAACUUGUAUUUAAACUUGUAUAUUAACCUUCUGAAACUGACUUUAUAAGGUAUUGUUAAUCACCAUAAAAAUGACAGAAGAGCACAUGAUGACAUGAAGUUCACCAACAGUGGCCCUUCCAUGAGCAAUGACCAAUAAACAUGUAGAGACAGUGCUCAGUGUCACUCACACAAACACUAAACACCAUCAGGGUAACACAUGUGAAAUUAAAAUAAUGCAGUAAACAUUAACUAAACUACAUCAAAUAUAAAACAGAACACCCCAAUGUACAUAACUGAUAUUAAAAAUAAGAAGCAACAUAACUAUUCCCAUAAAAUAUAAUGAAAUAUGGAAUGGAAUUGUGGGAACACCCAAUUAUUGUUUUUUAUUGUAAUUUUUACAAUAAUGUACUCUCUUGUUAAACAUAAUGUACAUUUUUAACAUUAAUUAUACAGGAAAAUCAUACUUUUUACAUCUAAAAAAUGUAAUUUUAACAACAUUUUAUUGAAAAAACUACUGUAUUUUUUACAGUUAAUGUUCGUUAAUCAAUUAACAUUUUAUUUCUGAAAAUUACAGACAUUUUUUACAGUGUACUGUAAAUACAGAGUUAUCUAGAUUAGCUAAUAAGACAUUUUACCCUCAAGACAUUUUUGAAGAACAUAAAUUAAUACUAUCUUUGUAAAUAGGUCAAUAGCAUUAUAAAGAUCAAAGAACAUAACAUUGUUUUAUAUUAAAACUGUAUAUACUGUAUACUGUAAGCUUUACUUUUGAAUCUGCUUUUUAGAAUGACUUUCAAAAUGUACAGCAAAAAUGAAACAACUGCACAGUAUAAAGAUAAGUUAUGAUGUAUCACAUAUGAAUGCAUAAUUUAUUGUUAUAUCUUAAAAAUGUUUUAAUUUGAAUUAAAAUAUACUAUAUUCAAAUGUAUUAUAAACUGUAUUACUUUGUAUUUUCCACCACACCGAGAGCUUUUUUUAGCACAGCAAAUGCGAUGUGAUGACAUUUCCUCCAAUGUAAUUGCAAA